CCUGUUGAAGGAGUGGAUUGUGCAGGUGAAUUUCUGCUUCCUUGUGCCUCCCUGCUGCCACGCUCCUGAUCUGAUGCUGUGGAUGCUGCCUGCCAGACACUGGACACUGCUGCAGGCACUCUUGGGCUGCCUUUGAAGAAGGCAAACUUACCAGUCCUUAACCAAAACCAGCAAAGAUAUUCAAACCCAUGUCGAAGAAAUAAGCCUGAAGGUUCUCUCAGAGAAGACACACUAUAGAAAGAUAAAGUUAGGAGGCGGAGACUCGCCAGCGCUGCUCGUGGCUGAACCCCGGCUGGAAAACACUUCAAGCCAGUGUGGAUUCCUAGGAAGAUGGAUGCUCCACAUAAGCUGAAGAUUUUGGUGAUGUUCCUGUCUCUGGCUACUUUCACAGUCAUGGUGAUAAUAAAUACUGGAAAUGGCACUGGGACUUUCAAAGGUCUGUUCAGAUCAACCCCUGGAAACAUCUCGGACAAGUACAGCACCGAGUUCACACCGGCUGACUGGACCUUCCUCAUCUGGAAUGUCAUCUACACCUGGCAGCUCGCCUGGCUGCUCUAUGCCUUGUCAGGGAUCUGCCGAAGGAAUGAACUUGGAUAUGUCUUCAUGAAGCCAGACCUGCUGCCAAUACCUUUUUAUGUGGCAUGGUGUCUGAAUAAUGGCCUCAAUGUUGGAUGGCUCUUUCUGUGGGACCGAGAAUACCUCCUUCCAGCCCUGGUGUUCCUGAUAGUCCUCUGUCUUACCACAUGGGCCUCCCUUUUUGUUUCCCACCGAGCCUUGAGCAUCAAUUCCUCGUGGUUUGUGAAGGCUCACAAAGCUGAGCUCUGGCUCAUCCGCAUUCUGGUGCAGAACGGGCUGGCGCUGUACCUGACGUGGACCAGCAUCGCCACUCUGCUCAACUUCGCCGUCGUGCUGAUCUACAAGUGGGACGUGCCCAAUGAGAAGGCGACCACUGCCUCCCUCAGCAUCCUGGCUCUCGGCCUGGUGACAUGGUUUUAUCUAGAAAACUUUUUCCUUGACAAGUAUGUCCGCUACAACCUCACAAUCUACCCGGUGGUCAUAACAGCUCUGACUGGCAGUGCCUGCAAGAACAGCUCAUUUUCAUCCCCACGCACCAACGACGUUUUCAUAGUUGUUCUGCUGUCACUGACGUGCUUGAUCUUUGCUUUUCGGCUGGGGCUGGUCGCAUGGAGACACUGGAAGAGACCCCUGGAGGCAUCAGAAUCCCGAGGUCCUCCAGGCACAGUGGUCUGAGACCUCUGGCACGUUGUGGCCAACACUUGAAAGGGAGAAAAAAAGAAUUGGGCAUGUCCUUCCUUCCUGUAUCAAUUUCCUUGUGCCUUUCUCCCUCAUUCCCCAUUCCAAAUGCAGAUGCCUUGUGUCUGCAAAUGUAUCUUGCUCCUCUUACUCACAGAACUCACUGUCUGGAAUUGCUUUGGUUUUACCCUGGAAGAGUUCAGGGGAAGGUCCUGAGCAGCCCUUUGUGAAGCCUGGGCUGUGGUUCUCUUCUCCUGCCAGUGCAGGGAGGGCUGCCAGCAGGCACCCAGCAGGCUUGCACACACAGCUGCUCUUGUUCUUCCCUGGGUGGCUCGCUUUCUUUGCAGUGCAGAUCCCAGUGAACUGUCCCUGGGACUCCAGGGCUGUCAUUCCCUUGGCGCUCGGUGCUGAGCAUCCUCAAACCCUGGUGCUGUCAGCAGAUCUCCUUUUCCUGCUCCUCUUCAGCAUCACAGGAACAGAGAGCACAAUUUGAUAUCUGUGUAUCAGCUCUGGUGUUUGAUGUUCCAGGGGGCAGGGGGAGGGACUGGGGGUUUCUGACACAACUGUGCUGCCUCUCCCCGAGCUGGCAUAGCUUGGGCUGGCUGGAUGUCUCACUGGGGGAGGGUUUGUGGCUGCUCUGGAAGGAGGUUAGAUGUACAGAUGAGCUGGUGCCUGAUCUGGGGUGAAGCCUGAUGCUUCAAAGGAAGCCUGGGUGGAAAAAAAAAAAGAAGAAAAAUUGAACCGGUAGAGCGAGUUCAUCCUGUGCUCUCUCAUCCUGUGGCUUCACCACUUCUGAGUUGGGAUUAGUUAGCCUAAAACUGGAUUGACUGAAUUUUUGGACCACUGCCUCUCCUUCCUGUGCCUAAUCAAGGGUUGGUGGUGCCUCACAGUUGUCUGGAAAGUCUUUGCACUGGGAAAAUGCUUUCAGAUAUUGAGCAUCUUGCAGUACUAUUAACAAAGCUAAAUUCUAAAAUAACAUGUGCUGUUAUAUUUACAUUUAGCAAAAACCAAAAGCAGUGUAAUGCAAUUCCUCUCAUCAUUCUGGUGUGGGGUUUUUUUAUUAAUUUUCAAAUAAAUCAGCUAAUUCUACCA